AUGGGCACGGUUUGGUCUUUGCUGACCCUCAUCCUCGGCGCCCCCUUCGCAUGCGCGUACACGGCCUUGCACAUCUACCGCACGGGUAGCUUGCGCUUUCGAGACUUUUGGUAUGCGGCAGUGGACACCCCGCCCAGUCAGGAGAAGAGGUUGCCGGCCUCAACCAGCACGCUUCUGGUGGUCCUUUACGCCGUGGUCGGGAUCGCCUUCGCGACUCGGCUUGGCUGGACGCUCUUCACCUACCCCCUGGUGCCGCUUCAGACGGAGGAUGCUGAAUGGGCAUCUGAGUGGCUCCUCACGACCGUCUUCGACAUCUACACGGUGGUUCUCUGCCUCCUGGGGAUGAUCUUCGCCACGGAGCCCUGUCCCAGUUCGUUGUUUUGGGCCGUACCCUACAUCACGCUCGGUGGGCCGAUUGGUUGCAUAUACCUCGCGCAGCGCCUCUUCAGGGGCCGGUCGGUGGCCUUACAGUACGGCCAGACCGAUUCCGAAGCCCCGAGGCUUUAG